GGCUUUUUACGCUCGCCGGUGUGUUACGGUCUUGCAGCCCCCUGGUCAAGAUGGCCGGAACGAGCUCUGUGGCUGGUGAAGUUUUUGUGGAUGCUUUGCCGUAUUUUGACCAAGGUUACGAUGCGCCAGGCGUUAGAGAAGCGGCUGCUGCUUUGGUUGAAGAAGAGACUAGAAGAUACAGACCCACCAAGAAUUAUUUGAGUUACCUUCCUACACCAGACUUUUCUGCUUUUGAGACCGAAAUUAUGCGCAAUGAAUUUGAAAGGUUGGCAUCUAGACAGCCUAUGGAGCUUCUCAGUAUGAAAAGGUAUGAGCUGCCAGCUCCUUCAUCUGGCCAGAAAAAUGACAUUACUGCUUGGCAGGAGUGUGUAAACAACUCCAUGGCACAGCUGGAGCACCAGGCUGUUCGUAUUGAGAAUUUAGAACUCAUGCUGCAGUAUGGUAGCAAUGCAUGGAAGCUUUAUAAUGACAACCUGGUGCAUUUGAUUGAGCAAACACAGAAGGAGUUACAAAGGUUCAGAAAGCAGAUCCAGGAUUUAAACUGGCAGAGGAAGAAUGAUCAACUUUCAGGAGGAGCAAAACUGCGGGAGCUUGAGUCCACAUGGGUAUCACUGGUCAGCAAGAACUAUGAGAUUGAACGAGCUAUUGUCCAGCUGGAGAAUGAAAUUUAUCAGUUGAAGCAGCAGCAUGGGGAUGAGAACAAAGAGAAUAUCCGUCAAGAAUUCUGAGUGACCACGUUUGCUGACGGCUGCUAAAUGCAUGAGGCACAGCUUCUGAGAGUAUGGGAUUUCUAAGAGAAACCGUGGGAGCUAUGUAUGAAAUGACUGCUAAAGCUGUGCGACUAGCCCUGCGAGUUAAGGGUGUUAAUGAUGUAGAAAUAUGAACUCCUUCCUCUCCCACCCAACAUUAGAUACUUUAAUAAUACUUGCUGCCAUCUAAAUGGAGGGACACUUUUAUUUUUAUAAAUAGCCACAAGAUGUUUUUCAUAUCAUGGUAAAAUUGUGCUUCUGUUAUGUCCACCUUUGUAUGGAAUUUUAAUAUAAAAAAUGCUUCAAUGCCUGUGAUUUCUGCCCCAUUUUUAUGAAGGUCUUUAUUUUGCUUUUAUUUCAUUUAACAAGAGUUAGAAACUGAAUGUUUUGAGAGGUGGUACACCGAUAAUUGCUCUUAAACCUUAGAAGUGGAUAUUCGCACUAAAAUGCUGCAAUUCAGCAGGUGAGUUUUUUUUCUCAUAUUUCAUAAAAAUUUGUUUACAAAACCUUUUUUUUUCCUUAUUGGAUGUUUGCUUGUCCAGACAUAAGUGCUUCAUUGAAACUGCUGCCUUCCACUGUAGGAUUUUCAUAAACAUUUUGUAUCUCACUUUUGUCAGUCAGUCGAUCCGUUUUUAAAUUACACAUUAACCACUCUUUCUGUUUUCCAGUUGCUGAUCUGUGUGAUUUAUUUUAUUUUAAGUGAAUAUUUAGUUAUUUGAAACCGAGUGAAAUAUCCGUGACCCUAUGUUAGGAUAUAGGACCCUAUGUUAGGAUAUAUUACUCCAUUAUAAGACAGUGCACACAUUAUGCACAUGUUAAAUGCCAAAAUACAUUUUAUUUAAAAAAUAAGACAAGAACAGACCUAGUUAAUGUUCUACCUACAGCUCUUUAGAGUGUCACCCCAGCUGUAAACACAACGCUUCCACACCAGAAUAUGUUGCAUACAUAUUAAGCUAAAAUGUCUGGCUGGAAAUUGGUUGGUGGGUGUUGUAAUGUUAGAGUUCAUUGAUGAAUGUUUGUUCAUCUUUCUAGGAGUUUUAUCAAUAGACCCACACACACUAUGAGGCCUUGUCUCUGCUGUUAUUUAAACCAUAAUCAGGACAUGGAAGUAGCUGGUGCUGGAGUCUGUGUGAGCACGGAGUGUUAGUGAAGGUAGCACCUUGCAGACUAGGUUUGCUCUGAUGUACGCACUCCACUUUUUUAUUUUUAUUACAGCAGCUGGUAAUAUGUGUUCUUCCUAAAUCCAGAUGCCUUUGUAAUGCUGAAGAGCUUCAGCUGAACUGGUGAUAGAUUAGGUCCAGUUAAUAUUACUUUCUGUAUACUUUGUGUAUUAUUUCCCUUUCACAUCUUCAUGUUUUCACACCAAACUGGUUUAUCUCAGUUUACUGGAUAGAGGGCAGUGUUUCAGUUACACAAGUAUUUUGUAUGCUGUGUAUGAUACAUGGUACAGACAUAAAUAUUGGUUACAUAAUUGUUUCCCUGGGGACAUAUCAUCUUUAAAGUUGCUGUUAAGUACACUGUUUGAAAUAGUAACAUUUACUCUGCAAUGAUUAAGAGGUACAUUUUUUAGUUUAUAGUUGACUUGAUGGUUCCUGUGAUUUUUAGAAAAGUACUGGAAUUUGUCAUUCUCUCCAGGGCUGGUACCUCCCUUGUACCCUAAGCCUGAUUGAUCAGGUUUGAAAAUGUUGUUGCCCUAUGUCACAGAGUCAUUAAAUAACAAUUUUAAGUA